GAAAAAUCAAUUAUUAAUAUUAAUACUUGUAUUGCUUCGACCCCACACAACAUGGUUCGAUACGCAGCAUCACCAGACGCGCUAGUGGCUUCGACAUCGGCUGAUGCGGCGCUUCCGAAGGUUGUCCUGAUUGGGACGGAGGAGCAUCCUGGCCUUGAUCUAGUGACUCAAGUGGUGAAGCGUGUGAGUGGAUUGUCAUCCGUGGACCCCGUGGCGGUGCAAAUUCUGGCGCACGCGGUCCAGGAACUCGCUCCGACGCCGGAUUUGUCCGCGUCGGCACACGUGUACGUUCCUGUCGGCGACAAAGUCCUCAGUGUAACCGUCGCCCAACUGCCAACGAAUAUAUCGCGCUACAACACGCCGGCGCGACCCCAUGCAGUGAGCGAACUCGUAAAGGCCCAUGGUUCGUCUGGGGCUGUGGUGGUCGCGCUGUCUCUGCCGGAGCACGUUUUGACAUUCGAAGCGGCGGCGUUUGCAGUCGCCAAGGGCAUCCCGGCGUAUUCGCACAAGAGCAACGCCCCAUUCCGCGGCGUAGUCAAGGAUGGCAUCGCCACGUCGUUUCCAUCGGACAACGUGCACGUUGUGUUCCGUGAAAGUCUUACGGAUACGCAAUUGUCGUACCUGAACCAUACGGCCGACGGUAUUCACUUGACGCAGCGCCUUGUGGACGCCCCGCCAAACGAGCUCAACACGGACACGUUCGUCGCAGAAGCUAGGGGUGUCGCGGCGCGGACGGGGGCCGCCAUCACGGUGAUCCGCGGCGACGAGUUGCGUGUCCAGGGUUUUGGUGGGCUGUACGGGGUAGGCAAGGCGGCGGCGCAUCCGCCAGCGUUGGUCGUACUCUCGUACUACCCUCCGUCGACAUCCGACACCACCGGAAGUGUAGCGUUGGUGGGCAAAGGCAUCGUGUACGACACUGGCGGACUCGACUUGAAGCUGUCUGGCGCGAUGCAGGGCAUGAAGGACGACAUGGGCGGGGCCGCGGGGCUUCUGGGCGGGUUCCAAGCCGCGGUGCUGUCGCGGUCAAUCACCACCCGCCCGCUCCAUGUGGUGCUUUGCCUCGCGGAGAACGCCAUCGGCCCGCUGGCCACCCGCCCCGACGACAUCCACACGUUUUACUCUGGCAAAACCGUGGAAGUCAACGACACGGACGCGGAAGGCCGCCUCGUGCUGGGCGACGGGGUCGCGUACGCCGUCAAGCACCUGAACCCGAGUCUGCUCGUGGACAUGGCGACGCUGACGGGGGCGCAGGGCAUCACGACGGGCCAGCGCAUUGCGGCUGUGUACGCCAACACCAACGAGGCCGAGGCGUGGGCCGUCGUGGCGGGUCGGCGGUCGGGGGACCUCGUGCACCCGGUGCCGUACUGCCCAGAGUUUUUCCGCCCAGAGUACAAGAGCGAAGUGGCCGACAUGAAGAACUACAUGGCCAACGGCAAGAACGCCGCCGUGAGCUGCGCCGGCCAAUUCAUCGGUAACCACCUCGGCGCGUACGAAACGAACGGCCACUGGCUUCACGUGGACAUGGCGUACCCUGUCGCCAGCGGCGGGCGCGCCACCGGCUACGGUGUCGGGUUCGUGCAAGCUCUUGUGCAGACUUUUAAGUGACGGGAAGACCGAAGCUACGCAUGUUGAUUUGCAUAAGUUAGACUGUAAUGGAAUAUGAUGCCUUGUUUGAUCGAGGGUGGAGA